AUGUCCUUGCUGGAUACCAAAAUCCUUCGUCGCUCUUAUUUCGCUAAAUGCUCCGAAUCGGUUAUCCAGGCAUCCGGCGCGACUGAAUCACAGAUGUCAGCCGUAGCCGGGGAAGAUGCUGGCGACCGCAAUGUGGAGAUUUGGAAGAUCAAAAAGCUCAUUCGUAACUUAGAAUUAGCAAGAGGCAAUGGGACAUCUAUGAUCUCACUCAUCAUCCCACCGCGAGACCAGAUCGCUCGUGUUGCCCGGAUGUUGGCUGACGAAUAUGGGACUGCAUCAAACAUUAAAUCGCGAGUCAAUCGGCUAUCCGUACUUGGAGCCAUUACUUCCGUACAAGGACGGUUAAAAUUGUACACUAAAGUUCCACCUAAUGGUCUUGUGAUUUAUUGCGGUACAAUUUUAACCGAUGAAGGGAAAGAAAAGAAAGUGAAUAUCGACUUCGAGCCAUUCAAGCCCAUCAACACAUCCCUGUACCUUUGUGACAACAAGUUCCACACGGAGGCGCUUCAAGCCCUACUUACUGACGAUACGAAGUUCGGCUUCAUCAUUAUGGAUGGUAACGGCACGCUUUUUGGCACGCUACAAGGAAACACGAGGGAAGUGCUACACAAAUUUACCGUCGAACUACCUAAAAAGCAUGCUGAUUUCAAAACGGAGCUCGGACAGUCGGAUAUGUUUGACCAGCGAUUGCAAGCGAAAAUAAUUAAAACUGUUGAUAUUUCGUAUGGAGGCGAAAACGGAUUCAACCAAGCGAUUGAGCUCGCCGCCGACUCCUUGGCAAACGUCAAAUUUAUUCAGGAGAAGAAGCUAAUCCAGACAUAUUUCGAUGAAAUCAGUCAGGAUACCGGCCGCUAUGUGUAUGGGGUGAAGGACACGCUCCAGGGCCUUGAGAUGGGAGCCGUCGAGACGUUGAUUUGCUGGGAAAAUUUGGAUAUUACCAGAUAUAAGUUGAGAAACAACGCUGGCGUCGAAACGGUCCUCCAUCUGCGACCAGAAGAGGAAAAGGACAAGUCCUAUUUCACAGACCCAGAAACGAAUACCGAAUUGGAGCUGGUCGAAUCCGCAGCACUACUUGAAUGGCUCGCGAAUAAUUAUAAAACCUUUGGGACUGUGCUCGAGAUCAUCACCGACAAGUCGCAAGAGGGGGCACAGUUCGUUCGAGGAUUUGGUGGUAUCGGAGGUUUACUGCGCUACCGGGUCGACUUCCAAGCACAAGACAUGACUGAUGAACUCGACGGAAUAGACCUAGAUGAUUAU